AUGAUUAAAGAGUUUGAAGAAAUCUCCUUCACCCACUUGACCUGUGAUAAGAACCAGUUCGCUGAUGCUUUGGCCACUCUAGCAGUGAUGACUCAAAUGGAGGAGGGGAAAAUAAUGCAGUUAUUACAAAUAAAAGCAAGAAGUGAGCUAGCAUACUGCCUAAUGAUUGAAGAAGAGGUAGAUGGCAAGCCCUGGUAUCACGACAUUCAGCUGUACGUCAAAAUUGGAGAAUAUCCUUCUGGGGUAAGUAGAAAUGAGAAAAGAAUGAUUAAAAGAUUCGCAUUGGGAUACUUCCCCAGUGGCCAAAUUCUAUAUAAAAAAAGCUUUAAUGGUGAACUAUUGAGGUGCAUGGAUGCAAAAGAGGCUAAGAGGAUUCUUUCUGAGACCCACAAAGGGAACUGUGCCACUCAUAGCAACGGGCACAUGAUGGCCAUGUAA